AAGAAGCGGUACCCAGCAGGCGUGCUCACAGUGCGCUGACCGAACGCUACUCAAUAAGAAUGCUUUACUAACAGUCCACCUGGUGCUAAUAAUGAGAGCAACUUUAUCGACUAGUCAGCAGAUUUAGAGCUUCGAUCGCGGGAUAAUUUGUGAUGGCGACUACUGAGAUGGAAUCUGGUUCUUCGGAGCAUAGCACAGUCGACCCUGAUUCAAAGUACCCACUGAAAGUUCUUUAUUGUGGAGUGUGCUCCCUGCCUACGGAGUACUGUGAAUACAUGCCUGAGCCGGCCAAAUGUAGGCAGUGGCUUGAGAAGAACUUUCCAGAUGUCUUUGCCAAGUUGACCGUAGGCCCGGCAGCGAAUGCUCCAAAGCCAGAGCCCGGCACUGGAGACGCCCCCCCUGCAGGUGAAGAGGAGGAGAAAAAGAAGCAGAAGAGAGGUGGAAGAGGACAAAUCAAACAGAAAAAGAAGACGGUACCGCAGAAAGUUACAAUAGCAAAAAUCCCAAGAGCCAAGAAGAAAUAUGUCACACGCGUGUGUGGCCUGGCAACAUUUGACAUCGACCUUAAGGAGGCUCAGCGCUUUUUUGCCCAGAAAUUCUCUUGUGGUGCCUCCGUUACAGCCGAGGAUGAAAUAAUCAUUCAGGGAGAUUUUACUGACGACAUAAUCGACGUCAUUCAAGAGAAGUGGCCAGAGGUGGAUGACGACAGCAUUGAUGAUCUGGGUGAAGUCAAGAAGUGAAGACCAAAUAUGCACUUUUACUGAAAUGGAUGUGACCUGUAACAGCAACAACUUGGCCAAAUGUACACAUUAAGUCAUUUUAUACCUAUUUUAUUUACUGUACAUAAAAAGCUGCGGACUUGGCCACUCACUUGGCAUUUUUUAGUUGAUAGCUGCUUUCUCUCGUUUGCCAAAGGCGUGGUAUGACGUGAAGCCCUCCCAAACGUUCACUCUAGCAAACUGUAGGCUAAUAAAUUUCAGUCUCUUUCUCCUGUA